UUCAGUGCUGUACUGUGAGAUUGCCCGGUGCAGCAGCAGUUGUAUUCUUUAUUAGCUUGAUAGAUCAUUUCCUCUUGCUCUCUGUAUUUUUUUUUUUUAAAUACUAGCAACUUUCAUCCUUUGGAACUUGUGCUGCAAAAGAAAAGUCAGCAAAUACUACUGAAAGUGCAAUAUUUGAUUAUCACUGCGAGAUGGGCUUUGAUCCAAACCUUCUCCACAACAAUGGACACAAUGGGUACCCCAAUGGUACUUCAGCAGCACUGCGGGAAACUGGGGUUAUUGGAAAACUGUUGACCUCUUAUGCAUUUGUUCAGUGUUCUGAACAGCAAGCUAGCUGUUCACAAUAUAAUGGCAACCUCCAGGACUUAAAAGUAGGAGAUGAUGUUGAAUUUGAAGUAUCAUCUGACCGACGGACUGGGAAACCUAUUGUUAUUAAAUUGGUGAAGAUAAAACCAGAAAUACAUCCUGAGGAAUGAAUGAAUGGACAAGUUGUGUGCGCUGUUCCUCACAACUUAGAGAGUAAAUCUCCAGCUGCCCCGGGUCAGAGUCCAACAGGGAGUGUAUGCUACGAACAUAAUGGGGAAGUGUUUUAUCUGACUUACACCUCUGAAGACGUGGAAGGGAACGUUCAGCUGGAAACUGGAGAUAAAAUUAACUUUGUAAUUGAUAACAAUAAACACACUGGUGCUAUAAGUGCUCAUAACAUUAUGCUUUUGAAAAAGAAACAAGCUCGCUGUCAAGGAGUAGUUUGUGCCAUGAAGGAGGCAUUUGGCUUUAUUGAAAGAGGUGAUGUAAAAGAGAUAUUCUUUCACUAUAGUGAAUUUAAGGGUGACCUAGAAACCUUACAGCCUGGAGAUGAUGUGGAAUUCACAAUCAAGGACAGAAAUGGUAAAGAAGUUGCAACAGAUGUCAGACUAUUGCCAUUUUUGAAGGAUAUUAGCAUUGAACAUUUUGAAGGAACUGUAACCAAAGUUAUCCCAAAAGUACCUAGUAAAAACCAGAAUGACCCAUUGCCAGGAUGAAUCAAAGUUGACUUUGUGAUUCCUAAAGAACUUCCCUUUGGAGACAAAGACACAAAAUCCAAAGUGACCCUGCUGGAAGGUGACCAUGUUAGGUUUAGUAUUUCAACAGACCGACGUGACAAAUUAGAACGCGCAGCAAACACAGAGGUCCUAUCAAAUACACUUCAGUUCACUAAUGAAGCCAGAGAGAUGGGUGUGAUUGCUGCCAUGAGAGAUGGCUUUGGUUUCAUCAAGUGUGUGGAUCGUGAUGCUCGUAUGUUCUUCCACUUCAGUGAAAUUCUGGAUGGGAACCAGCUCCACAUUGCAGACGAAGUAGAGUUUACUGUGGCUCCUGAUAUGCUCUCUGCCCAAAGAAAUCAUGCUAUUAGGAUUAAAAAACUUCCCAAGGGCACAGUUUCAUUCCAUUCCCAUUCAGAUCAUCGUUUUCUGGGCACUGCAGAAAAAGAAGCCACUUUUUCCAAUCCUAAAACCACAAGCCCAAAUAAAGGCAAAGACAAGGAGGCAGAAGAUGGCAUUAUUGCCUAUGAUGACUGUGGGGUGAAACUGACUAUUGCUUUUCAAGCCAAGGAUGUGGAAGGAUCUACUUCUCCUCAAAUAGGAGAUAAGGUUGAAUUUAGUAUUAAUGACAAACAGAGGCCUGGACAGCAGAUUGCAACUUGUGUGAGACUUUUAGGUCGUAAUUCUAACUCUAAAAGGCUCUUGGGUUAUGUGGCAACUCUGAAAGAUAAUUUUGGAUUUAUUGAAACAGCUAAUCAUGAUGAGGAAAUAUUUUUCCAUUAUAGUGAGUUCUCUGGUGAUGUUGAUGGCCUGGAACUGGGAGAUAUGGUUGAAUACAGCUUGUCCAAAGGCAAAGGCAAUAAAGUCAGUGCUGAGAAAGUAAACAAAACUCACUCAGUGAGUGGCAUUACUGAGGAAGCUAAUCCCUCCAUCUACUCUGGUAAAGUCAUUUGUCCUCUGAGGGGUGUUGACCCAACACAGAGUGAGUACCAAGGAAUGAUUGAGACUGCGGAGGAGGGGGAUAUGAAAGGUGAAGUGUAUCCAUUCGGCAUAGUUGGGAUGGCCAACAAAGGGGAUUGCCUGCAGAAAGAGGAGAGUGUCAAGUUCCAGUUGUGUGUCCUUGGCCAAAAUGCACAAACCAUGGCCUACAAUCUCACUCCCCUUCGUAGGGCCACUGUGGAGUGUGUGAAAGAUCAGUUUGGCUUUAUGAACUAUGAAGUAGGAGAUAGCAAGAAACUCUUUUUCCAUGUGAAAGAAGUUCAGGAUGGCAUUGAGCUACAGGCAGGAGAUGAGGUGGAGUUCUCAGUGAUUCUUAAUCAGCGCACUGGGAAAUGCAGUGCCUGUAAUGUUUGGCGAGUCUGUGAAGGCCCCAAAGAUGUUUCAGCUCCUCGACCUGAUGGAUUGGUCAAUCGCUUGAAGAAUAUCACCUUGGAUGAUGUCAGUGCUCCUCGACUAAUGGUUCUUCAUCAGCCAAGGGGACCAGAUAACUCAAUGGGAUUUGGUGCAGAAAGAAAGAUCCAUCAAGCUGCUGUCAUUGACUAACCACACCCACAAAGCACAUCAUUAAUCCACUAUGGUCAAGUUGGGGGGAUUCUGGUGAAGGGUUCUGAAUAUCUUUCUCUUC